AUGUCGCUGCAGCAAGAGGCUGAAACUCCCAGGAAAAUGAUGGGUGAUUUCCUCGCAGCGGCGGGCAACACGGCGGUUUUAACUCUCAGAGGUGUCAAUGCUACUGCUGAUUGGUGUCCACCCCUAAAGAAUGCGACUGGUGCUGCACUCUUCAUCUUCGACGAGGCUAAAAAGUUCAAGGAGAACGCAGAGGAAUGGACUGAUUUCGGUGAACAUGUGGCGAACACCAUGGCCAAGGUAGCUUCGGCCAUAGAGUCCGAUGAUGUGUCAGCGGAAGAAGCAAAACCAUGGGUGGAAAGUGCCACAGAGCUUGACGGCGCGCUACAGAAGAUUAAGUCCGAAAUUGAAAGACGGGGGAAAGUAGAAAAACGAUCCACUAUCAGAAAGACAUUUUCUUACUUGAAAGACCCGGGAAGAAUUGGCGGCCUGAAGAAAGAUUUUGACAAAGCAUUGGCAUCGUUUCAGGUUAGGACGAAUUUGAUAACUGGUGCCAAGUUAGCGGCCAUAGAACGUCGUCUACACGAAGACAAAAUUCUCGGUAGUCUACGAGACCCUUCUAUUGCCCGUGAUGAUCCCACCCAAGCGUGCCUAGAAGGCACUAGGGUUGAUCUCAUCGAACGUGUCAUGACAUGGUGUCGCAACACUGGGGAUAGCGAGAACCGGCUAAUGCUGUUGACUGCUGUGGCAGGUGCCGGCAAAACCUCGAUUGCACACACAAUAGCAGAACGAUGUGCCAGUGAAGGGGAUGUUACCUUGUUGCUGCACUUCCUCUUUAAAGCGGGUGAACGGUCCCGACCUGAUUUUCUAUUCAGCAGCAUAGCUCAAGCUUUGGCAGACCAUGACCCCGUUUACCGUACUUUCAUUACCUCUGCUCUUCGAAACGACCCUAGUCUCUCAACAGCUUCAUUCGUGACGCAAUUCAAGAAAUUGGUGGCUCCCUCUCUGCUCCAUAAGCCUCCACCCUCCGACCGUCCUAUGGUGAUCAUCAUCGACGCUUUGGAUGAAUGUGACAAGAAAGUGUUCGAGUCCCUUGCCGAAGUUCUUAGGGACAAAGUGCCGAGGCUACCAUCUUCCGUCAAAUUCUUCAUCACAUCGAGACAAUUUGAUCUCGUGAAUCGCUACCUCUCCCCUGAUUACCCUAUUGAUCGUCUCACUAUUGAUCUCUUGGAUGAGGCAAAUGUGCAAGACUGUGCUCGAUACACAUGCUUCGAGCUGCAAAAGCUAAAGAAGUUACAUCGAGACUCACAGCGUAAUCUCCAGGAUGAGGAUAAAAUGGUACAGGAGAUCUCAGAACGAGCAAAUGGCUUGUUUAUCUGGAUCAGCACCAUCUUUGGUUACAUGAAGACGGCCAACAAGGAUCCUAUGAGGACACUAGAAAGUCUGCUCGACAUGGGUGCCAAACGACCAGAAGUCCCUGCCGAGAAGAUGAUGGAUGACUUGUAUACAACCAUUUUGAAGAAAUGUGCUUGGGAGGAUGAAGAUUUUGCGCACGAUUACCCAAUCGUGAUGGGAGCAAUCUUCGUUGCUCAGCAGCCUCUGUCCAUCACAGCCUGGGACACAAUUUUUUCGCCUUUCCUCGAGUCUUCUGUUCAAUAUGUGUUGGCCGAACUUGCUCCUCUCCUCUCGGGAGUUGAGGAUCAUUGCACUCCGGUCCGCAUUUUACACCAAUCUUUCCGCGAUUUUAUUGUCGAUCGGAUUGAUCCCCAAACAAUCAGCUCUCGUUGUACUCCUGUAGCUGUGGGGGUAGAGAAUACCAGGGUUGCCCUGCGGUGUGCCGAGAUUUUGAACCAGGAUCUUUGCUCUGUAAGGGGCUUAGGACUGAUUGAAAACUUGUCCGAAAUAGAUGAAAUACCGCGCAUUACUCCAGAGUUAUCUGAGCACUUUCAUUAUGCAUGUCGUCACAUUGUCCAUCACCUCAGUGGGGUUCAGGAACCCUCACAGGAACUUGCUGUGUCAGUUGGUACGUUUCUGAGCCAGGAAGCAACUCGCUGGGUGGAAGUCUGUGUGAGAAUGGAAAGCUAUGUCAGUAUCUCUUCACUCCCUGAGUGGGCUAAGUUGGCUGCUGUCCACAGGUCGAAAGAUGCUGUUGGCACACUGGCUAAUGUGCUUGCCCAGCUUCACUGGGAUUUGGGAUCUUUUUCAAGAUUCCAGGAGGCAUAUGAAGCAGCAAACGAUUCUGUUGUGCUGUGCCGUUACCUUUUUUCUGUGGACUCAAGUUCCUACACCCCACAUCUGGCCGAGUCACUUAACAGUCUAUAUAGUGCCCUUUCCAAACUGGGACGGCACCCGGAGGCGCUCCCAUUCAUCGAAGAAAGCGUCAAACUCCACCGCCAGCUAGUUGCUGUUAACCCAGGAUUAUACACCCCAUAUUUGGCUAUGUCUCUCAAGAAUCUACCUAAUGCUCUUUCCAAUCUCGGAAGGCAUUCAGAGGCACUCCCAUUUAUCGAAGAAAGCGUCAAACUCAACCGCCAGCUAGUUGCCGCACACCCAGGAUCAUACACCCCAGAUUUGGCCAUGUCACUCAAUGAUCUAUAUAAUACUCUUUCCAAUCUCGGACGGCACUUGGAGGCGCUUCCCUUCAUCGAAGAAAGCAUUGAACUCUACCGCCAAUUAGUUGACGUUAGCCCGGGAGCGCACACCCCAAAAUUAGCUAACUCACUCAACAAUCUACAUAAUGCUCUUUUCAAUCUCGGACAGUACCUGGAGGCACUCCCAUUUGUUGAAGAGAGUGUCAAGCUCUGCCGCCAGCUAGUUGCUGUUCACCCAGGAUCAUACACCCCGGAUUUGGCCUUGUCACUCAACAAUCUUUAUAAUGCUCUUGCCAAUCUCGGACGGCACUCAGAAGCGCUCCCAUUCAUUGAAGAAAGUGUCAAACUUCGACGCCAGCUAGUUGCCGUUAACCCAGGAUCAUACACACCGAAUUUGGCCAUGUCACUGAACAAUCUAUAUAAUGCUCUUUCCCAUCUUGGACGGCACUCGGAGGCACUCCCAUUCAUCGAAGAAAGCGUCAAACUCUACCGCCAGCUGGUUGCCAUUAACCCAGGAUCGUACACAUCGGAUUUGGCUACAUCACUCAAUAAUCUAUGUGAUGCUCUUUUGGAACUCGGACGGCACUCGGAGACGUUCCCAUUCAUCGAAGAGAGUAUUAAACUCUGGGGCUAG